AAAACCUCUCUCCAAUUCUUACCUUCACUGCGAAAUCACAUUAAUAAAAUUGAGAAAUUCCUCUCACCGGCUUCCUCCAUGUCCAUCAACUCGCGCCGCCAUCUCCAAACCGGUUUAGCCGGAGACGCCGUUUACUCCGGCAAACCCAUCGGAAACAGCAUCGGCGCCGACGUCAUAUUGAUCAUCGCCGUUCUCCUCUCCGUCAUGAUCUGUGCGCUUAUGUUGGACUUCAUCGUUCGUCUCGUCGUCCGCUGCCUCUACAGCGGUUCCGGCCCGAGGAACCCACCUGGCCCGAUAAACCUCGGUCGGACUACGGACGCGAUCCGGAAGCUGCCCAUCGUGAUCCACGGCUCGGAUUGCUCGAUCUGUUUGAACCAAAUCGAACCGGGGGAACGGGUCCGGCUUCUGCCAAACUGCGGUCACUGCUUCCACGUGCAAUGCGUGGACCGUUGGCUCGCAGUCCGAUCGUCCUGCCCAACAUGCCGGCAAACUCCCUUUGCCGCCGGCCUCGAAAGUGCCGAGUGCGCUGAACCGGAGAAGGCGGUUUGGAAGGCGUUGAACCGGGAGCUAGGGCUAUAACCUGUAGAUGAUGCAAGCGGAAUUCGGUCGAGAUUGCCCGUUUUACUGUUAAGCUUGUUUGUUUGCUUUCUAAUUAAGCUCAAGUAGAAUUUUAAAUCUGCUCAACUUUUUUUUUUUUUUUUUUUUG